UGAAAAGACUGCCCUAGUAAAAUAAAAUCUUACACUUAUAUGGAGCGGUAUUUUUUUUUCGUACUGGAGUAGUAAAAUUAGUUAAUAACUCGUGUCACAAAAAGUUUUCGUGCUAGAGUAAAUCAGGAAUGUAGACGUGUUGAUGAUUAUUUGAUUAUUUGGCCGGUUCUAUUGUAUGGAGAUUUGGGAUUAAGUAUUUGUCAUAAUGUCUUCGAGUGGAUCGUGGCUGGAUUAAAUGGAUGAAUUGAUUAAAUAUUUAUGAGAACAUAUUUAAACAUUGAUCCGCAGGAUUUGACCAGUUCAAUGAUAGAUAUAUAAUGAAUGACAACUGUGGGAUACAUGUGACCGAUUUAAUUAAAUCUUAAAAAGUUUAAAUUGAAAUUUAAUUGGUUCAACAUGAUGAUGAAGGAGGAAGUGCUUUUCGAGUCGCCGCCGGUGAAAUUACCGGUCGGUUUUAUGAAAAAUGGAGUAAAGCUGAAAAAUAAUAUCCGGAAUAAUGUGAACCAUAACAAUAAUAUCGUGAAAAUGAGCGAAGUCAGAACUAGUAGUGGUGCUUGUAUUAAGUACGUUCACUCAAAGGUAACCCUCUACUAUAGUAGCAGGAUCGAGCUCAAAUGGCGUAGAGCCUUACAUCAUUGUCAGACAUGCGACUACGGAGAUGUGUCUGUGAAUGGGGUUAUGUCCCCUUGUGGUGCUAUUCAUCGCGGAGUGUGUACUCCAGUGACAAUAGAACAGUUAAUGUCACCGCAGAAAAUGAGCCGGCCUGUUGUACCUCAUCCAGGUCGGCACCAUCAUAUGAAAUCUGGAUCUAGUCAUAAUGGAUUGCCCACCGGCAAACACCAUUCUACCUCAAAUGUACCUUCUAGUCAUUCUUCAAGCCUCUAUGUUCAGACAAUCUCAAAUGGAAAUGUUUCAAAUAAUAAAGACAGUGUACUGAAAGAUUUACGUGAUCGUGAUCAUGAGAAGGAGAACACGGACAUUAACAUUCAAAAUAACAGUGCUACACACACUUUAGAUACUCUUUCCUCCUCCUCAAGGGAGAGUCGGACUAAAAAGAAAGAUAACUCUAAUAGACAAAGUAAAUCUGUGAUACCUAAUGCAAAUAUACCAAAAUUUCAUUUUCCGAUGGGUCGUCCGAGUGAGAAGGACGAUACGGAGGAAAUAUUACUACGGGUUUCUCAAGAAUUCUCGAAAGUGGAAGGCGGGAAAAUAUCAAAGCAGCAAAUGGCCAUCGUUACCAAGGCAUGUGGUCUACCUCUCUACUGGAAAUGUCCAUUGUUUAAUGCCAGUGGAGGGAGCAAACAAGGGUUUAUUACAUAUCAAAUGUUUUCCUCAAUGUGGAAAAGGUUGAAUCAGACAUGCCAUGAUCAAGCCUCACUAUUUGUCAUGCUUCUUGCAAAGCCAGGGACCAACUACAUAGAAGAUGAUGAUUUGGUUCCCCUCUUGCAAGAUGUUGUGGACACUCAUCCGGGUCUCACGUUUUUACUGGAAGCUCCAGAGUUCCACUCUAGAUAUGUUAACACUGUAAUAGCUAGGAUAAUGUAUUGUGUAAAUAGGUCAUGGACAGGGAAGAUAACUAUACAAGAACUUAGGAAAUCCAACUUUUUACGAAUUUUGAGUAUCAUCGAGGAUGAAGAUGACAUUAACCAGAUAACAGACUUUUUCUCUUACGAACAUUUCUAUGUGAUAUAUUGUAAAUUCUGGGAGCUCGAUAAGGACCAUGAUCUAUUUAUAGACAAAACCGAUCUCGCUAGACAUAACGAACAUGCUAUUUCUACACGAAUGAUAGAAAGGAUAUUCUCUGGUGCUGUAACUAGGGGUAAAACUUUCGAGGAGGGAAAAAUGAGCUAUCCAGAAUUUGUGUGGUUUUUACUGUCUGAAGAAGAUAAAAAACAUCCAACUAGUAUAGAAUAUUGGUUUAGAUGUAUGGACAUUGAUGGAGAUGGGCUUAUAUCAAUGUACGAGAUGGAAUAUUUCUAUGAGGAACAAAUGCAGAAAAUGGAAGCCCUGGGUAUAGAAAGGUUGCCAUUUGAAGAUUGUCUAUGUCAAAUGUUAGACCUUGUACAGCCGGAGUCAAGACUACAAGUUACGUUAAAAGAUCUGAAACGUUGUAAGAUGACAAAUAUUUUCUUCGAUACUUUCAUGAAUCUCGACAAGUUCCUCGAACACGAACAGAGAGAUCCGUUUGCCAAUCUCAGGGACUUGGAGAGUGAUAUCCCUGAACCUACAGACUGGGAGAAAUACGCAGCCGAGGAAUACGAGAUAUUAGUUGCCGAGGAAGGAGCCAAUGAACAAGAAGAAAUACACUAUGAGGAUGAUUUCGAACCCGAUGAUGACGAAGCCAUUCCGGACGGUCUGACCUUGAACUCUGGUGAUAAGAGAUCUAACGAGCCCAUUCAGGGACGUGGGUUAGGUGCUGGCCAGUCGGUACACACUAUAGAGGAUGACAUUUACGAUUUUAGUAAUUCUUCAACGUACUGACAGCUGGCAAAUUGUUAGCUGAAUGCUAAAGCGAAAGAUUAAUAUUGUCAAAUAUAAAACCAGAAGUGGAAAGUACUUACAGUAAUGUUCAAAUGGUUAAAAUUUUAAAUGUCCUAAUUAUAGAAUGACAAAAUUCUCAUUCAACUUACUUUUAUACCAAUGUUAGAAAAUGUCUGGUUUAAAGAAUGAGAUAAUGAUUUUUCAUUGUGGUUGAAUGAAACAUUGGUUUGAAUUAUUUGUUUAAGUUAUCGAAAAAAAGACUUUGGAUGAAAGAUUAUAUAUAUAUUGUUUCAACAAUCUAAAAAUCAAAAUUUGAAUGGCAAUUAAUAAUGGUGGUAGACAUCUUUUGUGUCAUUAAAUGUUCAUUAAAGCUUUUUUAGCAUUGAAACAAGUUGACUGCUUUUCAGGCUUUGUCUACAUUAGUUCUUACAGAAUUUUACUUUAGUUAGAAUGUAUAGAAAGCUAGAAGCUUAUAGGCACACUUUUGAAUCCAAACUUAGAACUGACCAGUACUGAGCAAUCAGUGUAAAGGUUCUUGCUCAAGGAAACAAUGGUUUGCUCCUAAAGGGGUUUGAACCCUUCAUGACCAGCAAUCAUUUUAUUACUUGUCUGUUUUGUUAAAGAUUCAACCACGCCACCACCAAAUAGUUAAGUUUUUGAUAUUAUUAAAUCAAUAUUGCUUAAAAAAUUGUGCUACUUAAUAUGCUUAAAGGUGAAUGAAAUCAUUGUGAAAUAUCUUACCUGUAUUUGUCACCACUAUAGGAACCUGAACAGUCUGCACAGCAUAUGAAAUCUGCCCAUGCUUUAUACUUAUUAGCAGCUUAACGCAGCAUGCCUCCAGAUUUAUGCACAUUUUUAUGAAAUUUUUGAAAAUGUAUUUAAAAGUAAAAUAUUGCUAAAUGAACAAAGAACGUAAUUUACACAUGACAAACCGCAUUUUCAAUCUAUGUAAAUUAUCAAAAAUAGUCGAAAUGGGCAAAAAUAGCCCUUACUGCCUUAGUUACACAGUAGAAUUAUACAUUUAUGAUGAUUAAUAGAGUGAAGUCAGUCAAUAAUUACUUGAAUAUUGAAUCUAACUUUUCUUAAAAUCUUGGAACAUUUUUUUUAAGUUUUAUUUUGUCAUCAGGAGGCAAGCAGCUUUAAGUAAUAAUUGAUUGGUCAAAAGGUCAAGCCUUGAUAAUGAAAUUAUGAUAAAGUUGAAUUUAUUACUUAAUAAACUACUGGUAUCAAUAGUAAAAACCUAAAUCUUUUUGUGAACACUGACUUGGUUUAUUGUUGUGCAUUUUAUGUAAAUAAUCAUGUAUUAUUUAUUUCAUGUACAUAUUACAUGUGUUGUAUUUCAAUUGUAUAAAUAUACAUCUGUGAUUUGAGUUUCUCAUUAUAUUUUAUAACCAUAAUAAUAGUUAGUUGAUUUUUAAUUUUGAAGGCAAACAAAAGUGGGAUUUAAAAUUCUCUAGACACAAGUUGAAUAAAAUAAUAAAUAUAUAAGUAUAAUAAAGUUUUUUUUUGACACCAAUUAAAUUUUUCAGUGAUUGGAACAAGUUUAAUAUCAAGUUUUUAAAUAUCAGCUGAAUUUCCAGUUUAACCUGAAGUUGAAUUUCACUUUUUUUCAAGGACAUUUGUUGCAUUUCAAGUUUUUAGGCACAAGAGGAGUUUCGAUUUAAGUGCAAAUUGAAUUUCUAUUUUUCAGACAAAAGUUGAUUAUUUAUUCUCUAGAUGCAAGUUAAGUUAAAAUCUUAAGACACAUCAGUUUUUCAAGGUCUAUGUGUCUCUAAGCAUGUGCAGACUUAAUCAGAUUUGUAUAAAUUUUCUCUGUAUAUUAGAAUUAAGACAUUUUAGGCUAUCCAAACUUCCCAUUUUGUAGAUAUUCAUAUUUAUUCAUCGUUACAAUUUCCUUGUGUGAAAAAAUGUGUUCUUAGGUCAAUUUCAAUUAUACAUGUAUACAGUCAUUAUUAUACGGCUCUUAUUAUUCCUAUAUAGAAAUUUGUGUUCUACAUUUUUAACUCCAACUAUUCAAAGAAUAGGGAGAGCUAAUGUACUCACCCAGGUGUUGGCAUUACCCAUUGGUUAAGUUUUUGCAUGUAAAUUGGUAUCUUCAAAAGUAUUGAAGAUAAUUGUUUGAAACUUCAGACACUUAUUUGAGAGCAUAAGAGGAGGUCACUGUCCAAGGCCCAUAACUCUAGCAGGGAUUUUGACAGAAUUAUGGCCCUUUUUGAACUUAGAAAAUUUUUAAAUUUUACUUCAUUCAGGCUCUUGUUUUACUAUCAAGCAGUGAGAAAAGUAAAGCCAGCUUGACAGCUAUUGUUCAAUUAAUGUUAUGAUUCCUUUCCAUUUAGCCAUAAGAUUUUGUAGAUUUUGCUCAAUCAAAACAGAUGUAAAUUUAAAAUAGAUAAUUUGUCCACAUUUUUUUUCUUUUCUUUUUUUGUAAACAAUUUUAUUUAUUUUUAUAAUUAUUUCAGUCAACUGCCAAAAUGUAGUUAUUUUCAUGAUUUUCAUUUUUACAUUUUGAAAUAUAACUGUAUGUUUAUUUAUUACAGGAUUAAAUACUUUUUGUAGCAUUGAUUGAGUGUGAAAAUUUAUUAUUUCAAAAUGAAUUUCUUGUGUAGUUCUCAUAUUUUCUGGUUUGAUUUAUCUCAUUUUUUCCCCUUCUCAUUUUGUUAAUUGGUUUAGUAAAACCACGAAUAUGAAUGAAAUAGUGUGAUAAUAUACAUUGUACAUAGAAAUAUUUAAAUUACCUAUCAUAUAAUUGGCUUCUCUACUGUACAGAUGUAACCUUUUACCUUCUGAAUUUGUGUAGUGGAUUUGCCCAACUCUUUCAAUUCGGAACAGUCCAUUAUAAGUUUCAGGGAAUUCAGUAUCAUAUACGAAAAAAAAUUAAGUAACCAACGUCCUGUCCUGGCUUUAUACUUGUAGGUCCAGCAGGUCUAGGGUUAAAAUAAUAUUUGGAAUAUGUAAUUCCUUUUAACAUUUGAAAAAGAAAAUAGAAUUAUCAUAAGGUUAGAUCACUUCUCAGUUUUGCUUUUUCAGAUAUAAUAACCCAAAGUACCAAAAUGGGAUCUUAAAACCUUUUUAUCAUGCAUUAUCUUAAAUUCUAACAUACUUCACACUGUUCCUUUUUCCUUUAUCAAGUACACUAUUACACAAUAUAUGCACAGCAUAAUAAACAAAUGCUUAAACGUCAUGUGGUCAUAUUUGACUCCAAUGCAAAAUGACGUCCGGGGGGGGGGGGGGAAUAACUUCUGUGCUGAAUGUAGUUCCAGCAUAUUUUUAUCAAUUCUCUUUUUUAUUACUAUGUAAGAAUGGAAAUAGAUAGUAAUUUUUCAUGCAAUGUAGUAUAAUAAUGCAUGGUUUAUUGUUCUAAUGUUUUGUUAGACUUGAAGAUUAUAUUCCUGCGCAUUUGAACUCUAACCAUGCAUUAUUUUUUACAAUAAUGCAGUCAAAAUUGACUUCCAUUUCCUAAAUAUAUAAUUUUUGUGUGUGUUGUCCUCACUAGAAAUCCACAAUGUCAUAAACUUUGUUUUUGAAGUACUGAGCCUGGGAAAUGCACAAUUAGAUUUAUACAACUAAAAAAAGUUUAAAACACAAAAGAUCGUUUAAUCAGUUUAAAAUUAUAAUUAAUGUAAUUAUUGUCAUUUUAUAUGUGUGUUGUUUUCUUCUUUUCUUCAUUUUGCUUAGUUAUAGAAAUAAAUUUCAAAGAUAAAGGAACUUAAAUACUUACAGAAAUUGAUGUAAAAUUUUUUAUCACUUUUGGCCAAAGGGUCAAGGUUACCAACAAUAAAUUAUUUGCCCCACUUUGUUGUCGGUUUAAAUCUUACAAGGGUCUUUGUAUGCCUUUAUACAUGAUGAAUCUAUCUUUUAUUAUACAAAAAGACCCAACUUUUAUUGGAAUAUUUAAUGCAAAUUUUUUUAUACUUUU